UCAGGACCGUGCGCUCGGCUCGCGCCUUUGAAGUGCACAGUUAAAUCCACAGCGCAGUUUUUGUUGGAAGCGCCCGGAGGACAUUUGGUGCGCGGAGUGACUGCUGGAAACAGGACCUGUGUUGAAAGCCGGGCCGGGCGGGGGCCGGAGGGGCCAGGGGCAGCCGCGGCGGGGGCGGAGGCCCACUCGGAUCUUUUGCAUAAAAGGGGCGGCGGGGAGCACAGCUUCCCCUCCUUCGCGGGUGGAUCUCGCUCUAAUCUGGGAUUGUUUCCCCACACCCCCUUCCCCUGCCGCGCGCGCGACUCCCCAUGUUCCCCGACGCCGGGACCGGCCCGGGGGGGCCCGGGGCUGCUGCGAGCCGAUCCGGGGGCUGGGGCCAGGGCCCUGCCCGGGGCGCCUGCGAGGUCUCGCCUCGGAGCGCGCGCGCGGAUCUAUGAAAGGAGGCUCAGAUGAGCCCCUGCUGACUUGAGAGAGUGAGAGAGACCACGCUGAUUGCUGAGAGGAACUGGAAGAAGAAGAAAAAAAAUCUCAAACUCAGUGAGAAGAACUCGCUCACCAUGAGCAGCAGCGCUGUGUUGGUGACUCGCCUGCCAGACCCCAGCAGCAGCUUCCGAGAGGAUGCUCCCCGGCCCCCGGUUCCGGGAGAAGAAGGGGAGACCCCACCUUGCCAGACCGGGGUGGGAAAGGGCCAGGUCACAAAACCCAUGCCUGUCUCCUCCAACACCAGGCGGAAUGAGGAUGGGUUGGGCGAGCCCGAGGGACGGGCAUCUCCUGAUUCCCCUCUGACCAGGUGGACCAAGUCCUUGCACUCCUUGUUGGGCGAUCAAGAUGGUGCUUAUCUCUUCCGGACUUUCCUGGAGAGGGAGAAAUGCGUGGAUACGUUAGACUUCUGGUUUGCCUGCAAUGGAUUCAGGCAGAUGAACCUGAAGGAUACCAAAACUCUUCGAGUUGCCAAAGCAAUCUACAAAAGGUACAUUGAGAACAACAGCAUUGUCUCCAAGCAGCUGAAACCUGCCACCAAGACCUACAUAAGAGAUGGCAUCAAGAAGCAACAGAUUGAUUCCAUCAUGUUUGACCAGGCGCAGACCGAGAUCCAGUCGGUGAUGGAGGAAAAUGCCUACCAGAUGUUUUUGACUUCUGAUAUAUACCUCGAAUAUGUUAGGAGUGGGGGAGAAAACACGGCUUACAUGACUAACGGGGGACUGGGCAGCCUAAAGGUCGUGUGUGGCUAUCUCCCCACCUUGAAUGAAGAAGAAGAGUGGACUUGUGCUGACUUAAAGUGCAAACUUUCACCCACUGUGGUUGGCUUGUCCAGCAAAACUCUGAGGGCUACAGCGAAUGUGAGGUCCACGGAAACUGUUGAAAAUGGAUACAGGCCCUUCAAGAGGAGCGAGCCCGUCAAUCCAUACCACAUAGGUUCUGGCUACGUCUUUGCGCCAGCCACCAGUGCCAAUGACAGCGAGAUCUCCAGUGAUGCACUGACUGAUGACUCCAUGUCCAUGACGGACAGUAGCGUAGAUGGAAUCCCUCCGUACCGCGUGGGGAGUAAGAAACAGCUCCAGAGAGAAAUGCAUCGCAGCGUGAAGGCCAAUGGCCAAGUGUCUCUACCUCAUUUCCCGAGAACCCACCGCCUGCCCAAGGAGAUGACCCCCGUGGACCCUGCCGCCUUUGCGGCCGAGCUGAUCUCCAGGCUGGAGAAGCUGCAGCUGGAGCUGGAGAGUCGGCACAGCCUGGAGCAGCGGCUGCAGCAGAUCCGAGAGGAUGAAGAGAAGGAGGGCUCCGAGCUCGCACUGGGCUCUCGGGACGCGCCCGCCCAACACCCCCUCUGCCUCCUGCCCUCCAGCAGUUAUGAGGAGGACCCGCAGACGAUUCUGGACGACCACCUGUCCAGGGUCCUCAAGACCCCCGGCUGCCAGUCCCCCGGCGUGGGCCGCUACAGCCCCCGCUCACACUCGCCCGACCACCACCACCACCCCCAGCUGUACCACCCCCUCCUCCCGCCCGGGGGCAAGCUGCCCCCCGCUGCCUCCCCAGCCGGCUGCCCCCUCCUCGGGGCCAAGGGCUUCGUGACCAAGCAGACGACGAAGCACGUCCAUCACCACUACAUCCACCACCACGCCGUCCCCAAGACCAAGGAGGAGAUCGAAGCGGAGGCCGCACAGAGGGUGCGCUGCUUCUGCCCCGGGGGCCCCGAGUAUUACUGCUACUCCAAGUGUAAAAGCCACCCCAAGGCCCCGGAGCCCGGGCCGGCAGAGCCGUUCGGCGGCAGCAGAGGCGGCACCCUGCCCAAGCGCAAUGGCAGAGCCCCUGAGCCCAGCCUGGCCGCCAGGGACGGAGCGGGGGCGCUGCAGCUGCCGGGGGAGGAAAGAGACAGGUCGCAGGAUGUCUGGCAGUGGGUGCUGGAGACCGAGCGGCCGAGCAAGCCCAAGCCCCAUAGCACAAAGAAGGCCUACCCCUUGGAAUCGGCCCGCAUGUCCCCAGCCGAGCGAGCCGGCCGACACCACCUGUGGGGGGGCAGCAGCGGGCACCCCCGAGCCGCCCCCCGCACCCACCCGUUGACCCAGGACCCUGCGAUGCCUCCCCUGGCCCCUCCCAACACCCUGGCGCAGCUGGAGGAGGCGUGCCGCAGGCUGGCGGAGGUGUCGAAACCCCCAAAGCAGCGGUGCUGCAUGGCCAGUCAGCAGAGGGACAGGAGCCACGUGGCCGCUGGUCAGACGGGAGCCACACCCUUCUCCACCCCGAGCCUGGCUGCAGAAGAUCACAAAGAGCCAAAGAAGCCAGCAGGGGUCCACGCGCUCCAGGCCAGCGAGUUGGUCGUCACUUACUUUUUCUGUGGAGAAGAAAUCCCAUAUAGGAGGAUGCUGAAGGCUCAGAGCCUGACCCUGGGCCACUUUAAAGAGCAGCUCAGCAAAAAGGGAAAUUAUAGGUAUUACUUCAAAAAAGCAAGUGACGAGUUUGCCUGUGGAGCGGUGUUCGAAGAGGUCUGGGACGACGAGACCGUGCUCCCCAUGUACGAAGGCAGGAUCCUGGGGAAGGUGGAGAGGAUCGACUGAGCCUCGUGAGCGACCGCCAUGCAACGUGUUGAAGGAAGAAAAAAACCAAUGAAGACAAAGUCUAGGGAAGAAUUGGCCACUGGGCCUUCGGGAGGGUUGGGGGGAGGUUGGCUUUCAUUAUUCACGAGCUGGGUACUGAGAUAAGAAAAGCCUGAACUAUUUAUUAAAAAUAUGACCACUCUUGGCUGUUGAAGAUGCUGACUGUGUCUGAGAGACCGCCAUACAUAAUAUAUGACUUCCUAGGGAUCUGAAAUCCAUAAACUAAGAGAAACUGUGUAUAGCUUACCUGAACAGGAACCCUUACUGAUAUUUAUUGAACACUUGCUUACCCCUGCCCCCAGUUUAUGGAUAUGCUGCUUUAACCACGGAAGGGGGAGAUGGGACGUUUUCGUUGUUCUGUCUAAACUUAGGAGUUGAGCUCGGAGUGCAUGAAUGGUUUCUGCAUUAAAAGAGGAAUUAUGCUCAGCCCUGCGUUUUCUCCAAGUGAAGAUAGACUUUUUUUUUAACGGUGCCCUACCAUUGACAACGCAAAAAUUGGUGCAUUUAUUUUCUACGCUGCUGUAUUUUGUCAUAAAGGUCUUGAAGUUUGACUUACGUUGCAAUAAUACCACCAUUUUGGGGUCAUCUUGUUGGAUGGGCCGAUCAUUGCUGAGUUAGGGGGGGCGUCUGGGGGGGGCCCGGAUUCCCCCUGGGAGGACCAGGGCCCCAUGGCUGAGGCCUGGAACAGCGCUGUGGUUCAACUUGUGCUUUUAUUGAAAUAACUGUUCCUUGGAGUCUUUUUGUUUUUCAAUUACUCUUGGGGCCCCGGCCAUCCUGGGAACUGCCCCCCUCACCCCCACCCCCCUGGCCCUGCAAAGAAGGGAACAGUAGUGGGAAGACCCAGCAGCGAGCACCCUUUCUCCUCCAGACCCCUCCACCUGGCGUCCGGGUUUUUGUGUUAAGUUAAUCUGUACACCCUGUUUGCCCCGUCACUUGUACAUACGUCUGUAUAUAUCGUACGGCAAAGAGUAUUAAUCCACUAUCUCUAGUGCUUGACCUUGAACCAGUACAGUACCUGUACCUGCACGGUGUCCCCAUCCGUGUGUCGCCCUAUAUUGAGGGCUCGAGCUUUCCCUUGUUUUUUGAAAGGGGUUUAUGUAUAAAUAUAUUUUAUGCCUUUUUAUUACAAGUCUUGUACUCAAUGACUUUUGCCAUGGCAUUUUGUUCUACUUAUACUGUAAAUUAUGCAUUAUAAAGAGUUCAUUUAAGGAAAAUUACUUGGUACAAUAAUUAUUGUAAUUAAGAGAUGUAGCCUUUAUUAAAAUUUUAUAUUUUUCAAAACA